UAAAGAUUCGAUCGCGCAAACAUGCUGCUCAAAUUGUGUUUGUUUGGCUUCGCGUUUUGUUCGGUUUCUCAAUGUGCUCGAAUUUUGGUUAUCGUACCAACACCAUCGCACAGUCACCAUGUGGCAACUCAACCGAUUUGGAAAGAAUUAUGCUUACGAGGUCAUCAGGUAACGUCAUUGACUACUGUACCAAUUAACGACCCGAAACUUACCAACCUCACCGAGAUCGAUAUUAGCUUCUCCAAUAGUGCUUGGCAUAAGGAUCUAAAAGAAAUUGUCGCCUCAAAUCACUUCCUAACGUACAUCAAUACUUACGUCGCCCUCGCAAAUUCGUGCGACGUCCAACUCGCACAUCCCUCAAUUCAAGCACUCAUUAAAAGUAAAAAUGAGUCGUUCGAUCUGGUCAUCACUGAAUCAACGCGACCGGCCUACUUCGCCUUUGCGCAAAAAUUCAACUGUCCGUCCAUUGGGAUCAACACUCUAGAUGCAUCACCAUCAAUUUACAGCGCUUUGGGAAAUCCGACUCAUCCACUACUUUAUCCCGAUUACUGGAUAAGUUAUGUGAACGAUCUGUCGCUCUUCCAACGCAUCUUCAGUGUGGUUCACUAUGCGUUUAUUAUGGUUUGUGAAAAAAUGCUACUAAUGCCCAUGUACCAAGAGAUAACAAAUCGGCAUUUCGGGAGCGAGUACCCACCGCUCGAGCAGUUAAUAGCAAACAUGAGUUUACUACUGGUCAAUUCCGAAUCAGUUUUUCGCACUAUUAGACCUAGGACGCCAAACAUCAUACCGAUUGGAGGAAACUUAAUUCGACUCCCAGCCAAACCUCUUCCAAAGGAUCUAAAAGAAGCAUUGGACAACGCAAAAAAUGGUUUCAUUUAUUUUAGCUUGGGAUCCAAUGUUAAAAGUAACUUUUUGGACGAUCGAGUACGUGAUGAUAUAAUGGGGGCAUUUCGCGAACUCCCCUACUUGGUGGUGUGGAAGUUGGAUACCGACAGCUUACCAAACAACCCGAAGAACGUGCUGCUAUACCCGUGGGUGCCUCAGUUAGCUGUCCUUAAUCACCCCAACUUAAAGCUCUUCAUAACCCACGGCGGUCUUCAGUCGAUGACCGAAUCGAUUUAUGCCAACGUGCCGAUGUUAGGGAUACCAUUUUUCGCAGAUCAAGAUCGUAAUGUCCAAGAAAUGGUCGCGAAAGGUUACGGCGUGUACCUCGAUCAUCGACAAAUAGAAAAACGUCGCUUAGUGCAAACCAUUUUGGAAGUUAUCACUAAUCCAAAGUACCGAUCCAAACUCAAGGAGUUAGCCGAACUAUCAAUCGAUCAACCAAUGACGGGACUCGAGCGAGCCGUUUGGUGGAUUGAAUAUGUUUUGCGCCACAAGGGAGCGAAACAUUUGCAAAGUCCAGCCAUCUCACUACCCUUUUACCAACAUUACUUUUUAGACGUCAUUGCUGUCUUAGUACUUAUAGUAUUCGGAACAAUGUAUACUUUAUGCAGAUUGCGAAGAGCUGUAUUUUCAAAAAGAGUUAAACUUGGUUAAUUUCCAGUUUUUCAAUCGAACUCCCCAUUUUCUCUUCUUCUGUUACUUCCUGUAUUUUCGAUCUAAUAGUGAUGAUCUUUGGCAAUUUUUUGUUACGCUAUACAGUUUGCCUUACCUUAUUACAGUUGGAAUCACUGGGGAGAAAAUUAAAAGCAGUAGCGCUCGGCUAGAACAAAUGAGACUUCUUUUUAUAUGUCGGGACGUGAGACA